UUCCAGAUUGUGGGACCGAGGGCUAGUGUUUCUCUCAAAGGACACCGCCUUCAUCACCACCGUCUUCGACGAUAGGGCCCAAGAAAAGGGUGGAUCGAAAACACCACAGAGUUGCCCGCCAAGCAGGCCUUGACUCUGCGUCACCGCCAAGAUGAGCAGCAGCGACGACCCAUCCGCGCCCGCAAAGCCGGCUUCUUUGUCGGGCAUGCUAUCGACCUUGGCCCCGGUUGCCCUAGUAUCAGGAAUCUACUUCGCCGUCUUCCUCGUCCUUCGAAGGAGCCAAAGGCGCUACUACGCACCGAGAACAUAUCUCGGGAGCCUUAAGGAGAGCGAGCGCUCCCCUCCUCUGCCCAAUGGCUUCUUCAACUGGCUAGGGAGCUUCUGGAAGAUACCCGACAUCUACGCCCUGCAACACCAGUCCCUCGAUGCCUACCUCUACCUCCGCUACCUGCGCAUGGCUCUGGUGCUCUGCUUUGUCGGCUGCUGCAUCACAUGGCCCAUCCUCUUCCCCGUCAAUGCCACGGGCGGCGGCGGUCAGAUCGAGCUCGAUAUCCUGUCGUACGCCAACAUCAACCAGUCACUCCAGUUCAACCGCUACUAUGCCCACACCUUCGUUUGCUGGGUCUAUUUCGGCUUCAUUAUGUACCUGAUCAUGCGCGAAUGCAUCUUCUACAUUAACCUCCGCCAGGCCUUCCUCCUGAGCCCCUUUUACGCCGAUCGUAUCUCGUCCCGCACCGUCUUAUUCACCUCGGUUCCCGAGCCCUAUCUCAACGAGGCGAGUUUGCGCAAGGUCUUUGGUCAGGCAGUCAAGAAUAUCUGGAUCACGAGCGAUACCGACGAGGUGGACAAGCUGGUUGAGGAUCGCGACAAGGCGGCCAUGCGUCUCGAGAAGGCCGAGGUCAAGUUGAUCAAGCUCGCCAACGCGGAGCGCCAGAAGGCGAUCAAGGCCGGGAAGACCCCCGCGGAUGCCGACGGGUCGCCUGCACACGACGCCGAGUCUGGCAGUAUUGCAGCCCGCUGGGUUCCAAAGGAAAAGCGCCCGACCCACCGUCUCGGACCUCUGGGGCUGAUCGGCCGGAAGGUCGACACGAUCAACUGGUGCCGCAGCGAGCUCGAGCGUCUUAUUCCCGAGGUCGAGGCUGCCCAAGCCAAGUAUCGGGCGGGUGGCUACAAGAAGAUUCCGGGCGUCUUUAUCGAGUUCAAGACGCAGUCCGAUGCCGAGGGUGCCUCCCAAAUCGUUGCUCACCAUCAGGGGUUCAACAUGACCCCCCAGUACGUGGGCAUUCGUCCCGACGAAGUCAUCUGGAAGUCCCUCGCCAUUCCCUGGUGGCAGAAGGUGAUCCGCCGCUACGCCGUGGUGGCCUUCAUCAGCGCCAUGAUCCUCUUCUGGGCCAUCCCGGUCGCUUUUGUCGGCCUCGUCAGCAACGUCACGUAUCUCGCGGGCAUUUCGUGGCUUAGCUGGCUCAAGCAGAUCCCGCCUGUCAUCAUGGGCGUCAUUACUGGCCUUCUGCCUUCGGUAUUGCUUGCCGUCUUGAUGGCGCUAGUACCCAUCGUGAUUCGCUUGUGUGCAAGGAUCGCUGGCGAACCCUCGGUCUCACGUGUCGAGUUGUUUACACAGAACGCUUAUUUCGCAUUCCAGGUUAUCCAAGUGUUCCUGGUCACGACGGUGGCUUCGUCCGCGACCGCGGUAGCCAAGCAGAUCGUUGACAGUCCCACCAGUGUCCCCUCCAUUCUGGCCUCUAACCUGCCCAAGGCGUCCAACUUUUACAUUUCCUACUUCAUCGUCCAAGGGUUGACCAUCGCCACCAGCGUGCUCACCCAGGUUAUUGGAUUCGUUAUCUUCACAUUGCUGUACAAAUUCCUGGCCAACACGCCCCGUGCUCUCUACACUAAGUGGUCGCGCCUCAGCGCCAUUUCUUGGGGCAGCACAAUGCCCGUUUACACCAACAUUGUGGUGGUCGCCAUCACGUAUUCCUGCAUUGCCCCGCUCAUGCUCGGCUGGGCCACGAUCGCCAUGUUCCUCUUCUACUUCGCCUGGCGGUACAAUGUCUUCUUUGUAACCGACACGCAGAUCGACACGCGCGGCCUCAUCUACCCCAGGGCCAUCAAGCAGCUCUUUGUGGGUCUCUACCUUGCCGAAAUCUGCCUGAUCGGCCUGUUCGCUGCCUCCGUUGCCCCUGGGCCCUUGGUCCUCAUGGUCAUCUUCCUCGUCUUCACAAUCCUCUUCCACCUCAGUCUCAACAGUGCCCUGAAUCCCUUGCUCUACAACCUCCCCUUAACCCUACUGGCCGAAGAGGAGUCGCAGGCCCGCUUGCUUGACCCUGAGGCUGAAGCCGGCGGUGUCGCUCCGAGCACCAGCCACAGCCACGACACGCACGUCAAACCGGCCGACUACAACGGUGACGGCACCAUUGACCCGACCGAGAAGAACGUGGCGCACGCCCGCGCUGCCGCCAAGUUGAGCGGAAGGGGUAACUUUUUGACGCGCUUCCUCAAGCCGUGGAUCUACGCCGACUAUGCCACCCUGCGCAACCUCGUACCGCGCCACUUCUCGCUGGAGCCUUACCCGGAGGAGGUGGCGAGCAAGGCGUACCACCCGCCCUCGGUCACCUCGGCGACGCCCUUGUUGUGGAUCCCCUCGGACGCGGCCGGAGCGGGGGUAUCGCGGCAGGAGGUUGAGCACACGGGACAAGUCAUUCCUAUUACCGACGAGGGAUGUGAGCUGGAUGUGGGAACGGGCAAGUUGCGCUGGGAUCGCGAACACAGCCGCCCGCCGGUUUGGGAGGAGAAGAUCCUUUUUUAGGGAAUUGGCUGUCAGGUUCCCUGUGUGGGAAAAAGAAAUGGGGAGGGUGUGUUAGGUGGGAGGUCGAACAUCAUACGGCGGCAUGACGUGGUUAGGCUACGCCAGAUGAAUGCGAAGGGGAGAUGAUGAGACGAGAUGAGAAGCAUACAUGGCUAAUGUGGUUGAUUGCUUGGAAGGUUGGUAGUAUGAUGCUGCUAUUUUACUUGGGGUGAGUUUUUGGAGGAGAUUUUGGAUCGGCGAUUGAUACCCGUUGGAACAGAAAUUGAACUGAGGAAAAGGGAGGCUUCUGGAAAGGCAACUAGUACCAUGUUACGUU